AAAUUCUACUCUUCUCUCGUCCCUUCUCGUCAGCUUUCAUUUUCACUGUCGCUUUGAACUUUUGUCAAACAUCUUCCCUGCAUAUGCAAAUAUAUACAAACAUAAACAUGCUUGGUUUGAACUUUGAACUCUUCUCCGACUUUUCUCCUCCGUCGUUCGCGGAGCUCCGGAGCGAUAAUUGCGGGUGUAUGGGAUUGGGAUUUGGGGGUUUUCCGCUGUGACGUACGAGCUUUCGUUUUCCGAUGGGAAUGGAGGAUUUCGGCGGCGAGAUGCCGGUGGGGUUUAGGGCUUUGGAGGCGUUGGGGAAGGGCUUCGAUCUGAGCAGCGAUUUCAGGCUCAAGUUCGCCAAGGGAUUGGGGGAGUCUUGCGGCGGCGGAAGGUUGGUGGUUCUCGAUGAGACGAACAAGAGGGAUAUUGUGAUUCCUGGCUGUGGCGGAGGGCUCGCGAUUCGAGGAGUUUCCGAGGAUAUUCGAUGCGAUAAGGGAGAUCGAAUUCGGUUCAAAUCGGAUGUUCUUGAGUUCAAUCAGAUGUCUGAGCUACUUAAUCAGAAAUCUUCGGUUCAAGGAAAAGUUCCUUCAGGCUAUCUUAACUCCAUAUUUGAGGUGACUGGAAAUUGGUUUCAUGACGUUGCAGACACCAAGUACCUAGCAUUUGAUGGUUACUUCAUCUCAUUGUACAACUUGCACCUCACAGCGUCUCCAUUAGUGCUACGUGAUGAAGUGAAAAAAUCUGUUCCAUCUCAUUGGGAUCCAGCAGCAUUGAGCAGGUUUAUCGAGUCAUAUGGAACACACAUAAUAGUGGGGAUGGCUGUUGGAGGUCAAGAUUUAAUUUGUGUCAGACAAAAGUCCUCGUCACCAAUUCCUCCUGCUGAUCUAAGGAGACACCUGGAGGAUCUUGGAGACAUUCUUUUCUCAGACAGUAGAAGCCCUUCCCUACUGCAGAGGAAAACAGGAGAUGGGAAACACAAAGUACCUGAGGUCUUCAAUCGUAUAUUGCAGUCAAAUACCAUGCAGCUGACCAGUAUUUCAGAGACAUCAAGCAAGGAUGGUCUCACUGUCAUUUGUUCCAAAAGAGGAGGUGAUGUGUUCUUGCAUAGUCACUGCAAUUGGCUCCAAACAGUGGCUGCUAAGCCAGAAGCUAUCCAUUUUAAGUUCGUACCUAUUGUUUCUCUUCUUACUGGCAUUCCAGGCAGUGGUUAUCUUAGUCAUGCAAUCAAUUUGUAUUUACGCUACAAGCCUCCUCUCGAGGAUUUACUGUUUUUCUUGGAGUAUCAAGUUCCAAGGCAAUGGGCACCUAUGUUUUGUGAGCUGCCUCUCCGUCAUCACAGAAGAAAGGCUGCUUGCCCGCCCUUGCAAUUCAGUUUCAUGGGCUCAAAAAUUAAUAUUAGCUCUACUCAGGUUUCAACUGAUCAAAAACCAGUUGUUGGUUUACGAUUAUAUCUAGAAGGGAAAAAGUGCAAUCAGUUAGCACUUCAUGUACAGCAUCUCUCAAGUCUGCCUGAUAGCAUGAACGUUUCGUUUGACGACAAUAGCAAGAAGAGGCCAUGUCGGUGGCGAGGCUCCGAUGACUAUGAAUUCAGUAAUCAAUUCUUAGAACCAGUCAGAUGGAAGAGAUACUCAAAUAUCUGCACAUCAGUGGUUAAGCAUGAUCCAGACUGGUUGAAAGGAGACUCGAGUGGAGUCUAUAUUGUAACUGGUGCACAGCUCAUCAGCAAAGGGAAAUGGCCAAAGACCAUACUUCACCUCCGUCUGCUUUUCACUCACCUACCCCAUUGUUCCAUUCGCAAGACAGAAUGGUCCGCGGCACCAGAAGCUUCUCACAAGUCGAGUUUCCUCACGAAUUUGAGCACAACAUUUACUUUCACUCAGAAAACAGUUGCUGACCAUCAGAAGCAGGCACAAGCCGUACUCAACUCUGGCGUAUAUCCUGAUGGCCCGCCUUCAUCUAGUCGAUCUGCAAAGCUGCGUAAAUUUGUGGAGACAGCGGAGGUGGUACGAGGGCCGCAUGACGCUCCUGGGCAUUGGCUGGUAACGGCUGCUAAACUGGUGAAAGAUGGAGGUAAAAUCGGCUUACAUGUAAAGUUUGCAUUGCUGGAAUAGUUGUGGUUGGAGUUAUUGUUGUAUAUAAAUCAAGAGUGGGGUAAAUGGUUUUCUGUUGGGUUUAUGUGUUUGAUUUGUUUAUUGCGUUAUUCUUAUUGAUGAUAUACCAUGCAACAAAUUGGUCUACUUUUGUACAUCAUAAUUUUAAUACCUAUGUAUGAAUUUUGCUUGGUG